UUCGAUGUUUUCAUGCACCGAGGAGCUGGAGCAUACAUAUGUGGAGAAGAAACAGCCUUGAUUGAAUCUCUUGAAGGCAAGCAAGGAAAACCUCGUUUGAAGCCUCCAUUUCCUGCUGAUGUGGGUGUAUUUGGAUGUCCUACAACUGUCUCAAAUGUUGAGACCGUUGCUGUGGCUCCUGCUAUAUGUCGCCGUGGAGGAGAUUGGUUUGCUUCAUUUGGUCGACCUCGAAAUACUGGAACUAAGCUUUUCAACAUCUCGGGACAUGUUAAGUACCCUACAACAGUUGAAGAAGAGAUGUCUCUUCCUCUGAAAGAGUUAAUUGAACGACAUGCUGGUGGUGUCAUUGGUGGCUGGGACAACUUGCUGGCAGUUAUACCAGGUGGCUCUUCAACUCCUGUUAUCCCUAAAGAGUGAGAAACGUUUUUAGCCAUGGUGUUGUUGUUUAGAAAAAUAACUACUGUAAUCAAAUUGUUGAUAAUUCUUAAUGUGUAUAGUCAAUAACUAACUUUAUUUUUUUAGUGCACUCCUUGCAGAGAAGGAGUCGGCUGGAUGAAUAAGAUUAUGCAUAGGUUUGUGGAAGGAAAUGCCCGAAACGAUGAAAUUGACAUGAUUUAUGAAGUCAGUAAACAGAUAGAAGGACACACAAUCUGUGCUUUAGGUGAUGGUGCAGCCUGGCCUGUUCAGGGUUUGAUUCGACAUUUCAGGCCUAUUAUUGAGGCAAGAAUUACGGAGUUUCAUGAGAAGCAAGGUCAGCAACAACGAGCUGCCAAUUAGACCACCUGCACUGCAUGACUUCUGUUUCUAGUUUCUGUUUCUAGAGAGAUUUUCUGUGAAUUGAAAAGAUUGAAUUUGUCAAAAACAAAAUAGACAUUUGUGGUAUUCAGGAAUAGUGUAUAUCCUGUUGUAAGUAGUUUCUGUGUGUCCUCAGCAACUUGAAACGUUACCUGUAUUUAAAUCGAAAGUUCUUGGAAUAAAAUCUGAGCAUUCUUGUAAAAUAUU